CAGCGGGGCUAGAACUUUAAGAAGGCGAGGCUGCCGCUGAUGGUUUCUUUCGGUAUGAGCCAAGUUGAGGCACCCUAGCUACAGUUGCAUGGGCGUCAGGAAAAGCUGCUGAGAUGCAGCAGUGGAUCUUAUAGACGCUUUCUGCAUGUCUAGGUUAAAAUAUCCUGUUGCACUAGGUGCCACAGAUCUUGGCAGGCAAUCCCGUCCAGGACAGCAAGUCAGUUUCACAUUUAAAACCUCGUCUGCUUUGCCAAGUCGCAUCAGCCUAACGGGUCAAGCAACGUCAAAAGCAGCGAAGACUUCCGAGAGGGCGUCCUUUACUGGGUCAAAGCCAGGUUGAACCAGCAUUAGCUUCUGAGAGGGCGUCCUUUACUUCUGAACUCAGCGGUGUGGGGGAUGCGAUGGAGCCUAUUGUGCUUCGGCGGCCGCUGAUGGCACGGGGCCGGCGCAUUGGAAAAGCGGACUGCCGGGUCGUGACCAUCACAUCGUUCUGCGCCGCUCUCUUGGGUGCUGUCAUCUUCGCAAGCUAUCCUGGCCCAGGAACGAGUGCGCCAGGCGCCGCAGGGCUUCUUGCCAACCUCCAAGACCAGGCGGCGACACUCCUUGGCAGCAAUCCAAAAGAAGCAAGAGAAACGCUGCUGGCAGAAACGGUUCGGACAGAUGCAAAUAUGCCAAAAGGUUUAAGCUUUGAGCAAGCCAGUGCUACACUCCAGAAGCCCAAGAGCACCCUCUCAGCCAACGGUCUUCAACUUGCAAUGAAGUCUAAACAGGGGGGUAUAAUGGAAGCGGGUCUCAAAUCUACUUUCCAAGACGCCUCUGACGCCAAUAGAGGAGUUGCUAAGUCAGCUGGGGCCGUAACAACAGAAAAGGCGAUGUUGAAUGUGGACCCAAAGUUUGCCUGGUUGCCAGAGGAGCAGCGGCCGGACUUUGAGGUGGAGGGUGCUGGAUCGGGGUUGUUUCGGAAGCGAAAACCUGUGAAAGAAGUCCGGGUAGAAGAUCCUGACCCAGACUGGGUCUUAGGCAGUCAACACGUCAAGGACACGAGCGUUAGAGACUGGGAAGGGGGAGGGUCAGAAGGUGGGUUAGAGAAAGCAGAGCUUGGGACGGAGGGGGCGGAGGAGAAGGCGUCAGCUCUCAGGGGUGCCGAGGGGGAUGCCGAGCACCGGGCGGUCAUGGUGCGCACCGAAAGCGGUGCCCUUACCCAGCGGGGACAGCUGGCGAGGCGGAAGCAUAGCGGCCCGCACAAUCUGGCACGGCAAUGGGGCGCGGACACGCUGGACAAGAUGGUCCUUGCGAGGGAAGAAUCUGAGGAAAACGGCGGAGGGGAGGGUUUCAGGGGCGAAAGCGAGAGGCCGUGGAAGAGCGCGGCCGCGGCGGGUUUGUCUCCGGGUCCCGCGAACGCGACGCUGAAUGCAACGGGGUUCGCCGCGAGCCUCGCGAACGCGCUGGGCCUCGCGGGAGAGUUGCUCAGCGCGACUGCGGACCUGGAUACGCUGGCGAGGAUGACCGCAGAGGCGAUCAAGUUGCUGACAAACGGGACCCGUCAAGCUGAGAUUACGUCGAGCGCGUCAGGUUUCAAUCAGAGCUUGGGAAACGCCACCGGCUUGUUUGAAACAGUGCUCAGCACCGACACCCAGGCGUCGGCAUUUGUGGAGAAGCUAGCGGGGCUGGGCUUGACGAGACGGGAGGUCGAAGCAGUCUGGGCGAGGAACGGUACGGCCACCUCCGAACGCACAGGUUCGCUUGGUGAGAAUACCUCCUGCAUGGGCUCUAACUGCGCCAUUGCUCGCGCCCUCAACACCCUCUUUCCCGAAGCGCUCAAAACCCGCACUCUCUACAUUGGCCCCGAGCCCUGUCCUCUCUUCCAGCUUCUCAACGGCACCGCACUCAUCGGGCUCGAGCCUGUUUGGAACGCGAGUGCCGAUUCACACACCCAGAGCGCCUAUGCACGCCCCGUCCAGCAGAGCUGCGGCGACUCCAUCACCCUGCAAACGCUGCCGCACGAGCUGCGGAACACCGUGGCCGGAACGGGGAGCACGAUCCCCUUCGACCUGGUUUUCGUCUCCGAGACCUUCGAGAAACUAGACGAGCGAGAAGCUCGGAGGCUGAUUGCUGCGGUGGCUGGUGUCGCCAAAGGCCCUGUCAUCGUCGCAGUUAGCGCCGUCAAGCAGGGAUAUGGCAGGACAUGGGGCGAACCGGAGCAAGAACGGGGCCUGGAGACGUACGAGAGGGACACGUGGUGGGUGGAGGCGUUUGCGACGGAGGGCCUUGUCGAGGCGCGCGCAAAGGCGCCGCUGUUGGAGGAGGCACGUGCCAACCUGCCGGGCGGGGUGCUGCUACACCUGGUCCCGGCGAGGGGGGGCAACAUCACCGAAGAGAGCGCCGGCGAAGUCGCUCCUCUUCUCCUGCCGGAGCGGCACUCCGUAACCAAGACGUCGAGCGGCACUACUCGUCCGGAGCCGCUGAACGACGAGCCGCUAUCGGUGGACACUCUAGACGAGAACGCGCCGUGGACGCACCCGGAAACGGAAUCGACGGAACGGAGAGAGGAGGACCCGCAUACGACAGGCGGGCCGCUCUUUGCCUGGUGGGGCAGCGGGGCCGGCACAGAGGCUUCAAGAACGGCGGAACAGCGGUCCCUUGGACAGGGCUCCCAGCGGGGGGUUUCGCUUAGGGGGGUGGUUGUGCCAGACGGUCUAGGCCGCAAAAGUGACCCCGGGGGGUGGUUACCGGCCGCGGAGACGGCCGGCGGGCGGCAGAAGCCGGCGCUCGGGUUGGCGUCCCGGGCGAGAGAGGGGGUCCCGGAGGAGGGGGGGAGGCUGCAGGAGGCGCUCGAAAAAGAGGCGCUGGCGGCGGAACUUGAGCCCGGGAAGGAUCGGGUGGACCUUGUCACGCUGGCGGGCUCGGAGACAGAGAGCGGCGCAACUAGUACGGAGACGGCAGAGGACCGCAAGGCGCUGAACAAGCGCAUGCCGGAGCUGUUUAGAGGCACCAUAAACUGGGGGUCGUCCGCUAAGGAGGUGCGCAGGGAUCUGGAAGACAAGCGGCGAAGGUUACGGCACGACUAGAGGACCUCCCGCUGCUGAUGUCGCGGGCACAGGCGGCACUUGUAAGAUGGUAGAUGAGUUAUUGGUGCAAGGUGUCUGAGAUGGUCAGAUUGUGCGGGCGUUGGUAACUUAUCUGCUGUAAGCUAGAGGAAAGUAUAACCAUCAUUCGCGCGCUCCUAGUUUGAGAUUCAUAGGCGUGAGAGUAAACAGUUCUGUGUGGACGUACCUGAUUGAACCUCGUCGCAUAGGAACGUGUAGAGAGACAAGCAGGACCUUGGCAGCGAGCAGCGCAACUGAGUACCACAAUUCAUGAUCAAAUUUUCUGUGUACUGACGGUGACCGGAGGAUUACGAGGGUCGUUCUUGACUUCACAAACAAUUCAGUAAGUUUAAGCCUAUUUGGCGGCAUCCGUUGACAAUGAUUGAUGCCAGG